AUGGCUCAGCGCUGGACCGGGUUUGGGGAUAGUGACAGAGAUCGUCAAGGGGCGGUGGCUAGGAACAGGGAGUGGGAAGAGUUUUGGGGGGCAGAGGACGACUGGGGAGAACAGGAGAACGAGGACGAGGACGAGGACGAGGAAGAAGAGAGGGAGUACGCUGACGAAGACGAAGACCAGGGGGAGAUAGAGGACGAAGACGAAGAUGGGGAAUGGAGGAACAUGAUCGGGGAGAAGCCUGAGGAAAAUGUGGAGAGGAAGGAGAACGAAGAAGUGGAGGAGGAGGACGAGGAAGACGACUCCCGCCUCCCUCUGGAGGCUCUUCGGAUACUGGACCGGUUGAAGGACAUGGAAUGCCCCUUCCUCAAGGGUUUUUAUAAAAGUAAACUGAAGACAGCCAGACAGUUCCUGUGUACUCCCUCAGUUUACCGUUUGGAUAUUCUGGCAUGGCUAUUUACACGACUGUAUGUUCCACUUCGAGAGUCGUUUGAUACUUGGCAGGAUUCUAAUACUGAAGAGAAAAUAAUAGAGCUGACCAGAAUUGGCCAUGAACUGCUGUUGUGUGGGCCAGAUGAUCAGGAUCUCAUUAAGGGCUGUGCCCAGGAAAAACGGCAGCUCACUUUCAUGAAUGCAUUAAUCGAUCUGAUAGAAAGUCUGAGCAGUGAAUUCGGUGACAAUCUUCCCAGUGAGAACCUGGAAAUCCGUGAGUUGAUAAAGAAAAAGAAGAUGAUGCUAACGAAAUUCUGCAAUCCAGAUCCAUCCCAGGAGACCUCAGACCCCAAGCCUAGCACUUCACUUCCAGCAAGAAAGCCCAGUUGUGAGAAAAAGGAAAACCGUCAUGGAAAGCCGCUGGAGGCAAAGAAGACAAAGGUGGAAGAGCUUUCCGAAAAACUGACUAAGCUCACUGAAAUGCUGCAGGCGCAUAAGGAAGAGGUCCCCACUCGCCAGGACAGCGUCAGCAGACUGUUUCUACCAAAUCGCGCCAGGCGCCCCGUUCAGGCCGGGAAAGCUGUCGAUGAAGUCAGGGAUGUAAAGGCAAAACAGAAGGCCCAUUUGAGUGGAGCCCACCGCAUGGUGACCCUGGGUUCGCAGUCACAGAGUCGCCAAACCAGUGCUAAACCAAACUACACCGAUUGGCAUCCCCGGUUUGGAAAGUGAAUUGGGGAUUUCUCCAUAAUGGGCCAUGACUCCACAAUCUAUCUGGCCCACCAUCCAUUUCUUAGCAGAAACAACAAUAAUAAUAAAAAUAAUAAUAGCUAUCAUUUAUGUAGCACUUCAAGGUUUGCCAAGCACUUCGCCAACCUCAUCUCACUCAGUUCUCUUAACGACUUUGCAAGGGUCAAACUGCUGGUUCCUGGGAGAGUUUCCUAUCAGUUACACCAAGGAAAGGCUCUGGUGUUCACACCUCAAAAUAAAUAAUAGUCAGUCCUCUAGACUAUAAGUUCCAUGAAAGGAGAACUCAUACUCUAAGUGUUCCUUUCCCAUAGAACCUAGCACUCUAUAGAUAUGCUUAUUUUUAUAAAUUUGGCUCAGUUCCCUAUAUGUUUAAGAAAUGACAUCUUUAUCAGAUAAACUUACUGUGAAAAAAAUUUCCCCCAGUUUCUUACUUUCCUUCUAGUUAUGGUUUAUUUAUGCAAAAAACUUUUUAAUGUCAUGCAGUCAAAAUUAUAAGUUUUACCUCCAGUGAUCCUCUCUAUCUUUUACUUCAACACAAACUCUUCCCUUAUCCAUUGAUUGAAUAGAUAAAUUUUUCCAUGCUCCUCUAAUUGGCUUAUGAUGCACCCUCUACAUCAGAAUUGAGUAUCAGUUUGAUUUUUGUCUUGGUAUCAUAGUGUGAGAUGUUGGUCUUUGCCUAGUUUCUACCAAACCAUUUUCUAGUUUGUGCUGGUGUUUUUUGUCAAAUAUUAAGUUCUUGCCUCAAUAGCUUGGAUCUUUGGUUUUAUCAUAUAUUAGGUUGCAAUGCAUUUACUAUUGAGUGUUGUUUACCUAAUCUGAUCUACUGAUCUACCAUGGUAUUUCUUAGGUAGCACCAACUUGUUUUUGAUUCUGG